AUGUCUGAGAAGCAGCCAGCGCCGUCGACCGUCAACUACAUCUACAAGAUCGUCACCGCCUCGAGCGUAAACCCUCGCUAUACCUUUCCCCGGCCGAUUCCUGCUAGUCACGUCUUUGCGCUCUCCGAGCUGGAUGCCAAGGACGGCUUCAUCCACCUCUCCACCGCCGCCCAGCUCCCCGGCACCUUGAACCGCUUCUUCAAGGACGACCCGCAAGUCGUGCUGCUCAAGUGCGACUACAAGAGGCUGAGUGGGUGGAAGGUGGUCAAGUGGGAGCCGGCGUCGAAUGGCGAGAACUUCCCUCACCUGUAUGCGCAGCUGGAAGGCGAGAACGUCGAGUCGUUCAAAGACCUCGUGAAGGGACAGGGCGAGAUGAGCUGGGAUGCGGCGUUGCAAAGGGCGCGGCAGGAGGGGUGGUUGCAAGAUUAG